AUGUUUCUUUUUUCAUUCGCACUUUUCUGGGGGGCUGUGGUUUGCGUGCUUAAAUACGUGUACUCCUAUUGGGACCGGCAGGGACUACCAAGUGUGAAACCCCACAUUCCAUUUGGCAACCUCGGAAGCGUCGCACGAAAAAAGGAAUCCUUUGGCGUUGCCAUUAACGAACUAUACCGGCAGACCACAGGAGCACUGGUUGGAAUCUACCUUUUCUAUCGUCCAGCCAUUUUGAUCCGCGAUCCACAUUUGGCACAGCGAAUUAUGACCACUGAUUUUGGUCACUUUCACGACCGCGGAGUGUACUGCAACGAGAAGGGAGAUCCCUUCUCGGCUAACCUGUUUGCACUGCCCGGUAAACGUUGGAAGAAUCUCCGCAACAAGCUCACUCCGACGUUCACUCCCGGUCAAAUGCGAAACAUGUUGCCAACGUUUCUGGAACUCAGUCAAAAAUUGCAGGACCAUCUAGAACCGAUGGCCAAUCGGCGCGAAGUGGUAGAAAUGCGUGACGUAAGUUCCCGCUUUGUGCUGCAGAUAAUUGCGUCCGUGUUCUUCGGAAUCGAUGCCAACUGUAUCGAAGAUCCGGACGAUUCGUUUCGACGUGUGAUUAGGACAGCCCAACGCCAAAGUUUCAUAACGAACUUUCGCAAUGCAGCAGUUUUUGUUUGUCCUGAACUGUUAAAGAUCACAAAAACCACAUCUUUGCACCCGGAGGUCAUUAAGUUUGUAACGCAUAUUAUUACGGAACAAAUCGAAUAUCGUGAGAAGCAUGGUGUAAUUAAGAAAGAUUUUAUUCAGCAACUUAUCGAUCUCAGGAAAGAGGCUUGCGAAAACAACGAGCUCGCCAUGAGUCUAGGACAAUGUGCGUCAAAUGUUUUCCUAUUCUACGUGGCCGGCUCUGAACCCUCAACAGCGUCCAUUAUUUUUACUCUACACGAGUUAAGCCAGAACCCGGAUAUAAUGAGGAGACUGCAAACGGAGAUUGAUGAAACAUUGGAAAAAUCUCAAGGGACAAUCGAUUACAAUAUUUUGGGUGAAAUGAAGCUGCUUGAUCUGUGCAUGAAGGAAACGCUCCGAAAGUACCCAGGAUUGCCGAUACUGAACCGUGAGUGUACGGAAGAGUACCGAGUUCCGGAUUCCGGAGAAGUCAUCAAGAAGGGAACUCAACUGAUUAUUCCCCUGCUGGGUAUCAGUAUGGAUGAAAAGUAUUUUCCCGAACCUGAACGUUACCUUCCGGAGCGGUUCGAUGAUGCUUCCAAGAGGUACGACGAGAAGGCAUAUUUUCCUUUCGGAGAUGGGCCGCGGUAUUGCAUUGGGUACAGAUGGGGAAUUGUGGUGGCAAAAAUUGGACUGAUUUUGCUGUUGUCCAAGUACAACUUCGAGCCGGUGAUUGGUCCGAAGAUUGAAUUCAGUCCUGCUUUGGUGACGCUAGUUCCCGAGGGUGGCAUUCCACUGCGGAUCACCAAAAGGGAGCAAUAG